AUGGUCGACUUGGUAGUUAGCCGAAAACGAUUGGGAGUUGGUGUAUUGGAUGAUUGUAUAUAUGCAGUUGGUGGAGGAGAUCUCAUAAAUGCAUUAAAUAGUGUAGAGGUAUUUGAUAUUAGUAUUCAAAAAUGGAGAACAGUAACUAGUAUGUCAACUAAAAGAUGUGAUUUGGGUGUUGGUGUACUCAAUAAUUUAUUAUACGCGGUUGGGGGUGCUGCAGAUAAAUGUACAGCUUUGAGUUCUGUGGAAUAUUAUGAUCCCACACUUGACACAUGGACACCAGUUGCAAAUAUGUCUAUAAACCGUCAAGGUGUUGGUGUAGGAGUCUUGGACGGUCUUAUGUAUGCUAUUGGUGGCCAUGGUGGAAAGUAUCUUAAAAGUGUUGAGGUUUAUAGACCGAGUGAUGGAGUUUGGUCUUCUGUAGCUGAGAUGGAAAUAUGCCGAUUUCGUCCUGGAGUAGUGGCAUUUGAUGGUUUAUUGUAUGUUAUGGGUGGAGACAUUGAGACAUCUAAUGUUGAUACUGUAGAAAUUUACAACCCCAGCACCAAUACUUGGACCUUGGAGAGAUUGUCAAGAAAUGAAGUAAAAAUGUAUGGUGGAGUAGUUGUUGAUAGACCACAUCAUUAUCAUUAA